CUUAGGCAAACAGGACAGUCGCCAGGUCUAGUCUAGUCUAGUCUAUACACCACUGCAGGAGCACUAUCCCUGCACAAUAGCGGCGGUCGGGGUUGCAUCCAGCCUAGUACUUUUCUUUCUUCUUGUAUCUGAAGAAUGACGAUAUGAUGCAUGACAACCCGUUUUUUUCCCCCCUUUCGCCAGGUGCUGUCAAGCCGAGAAGGGACCGGAUUGUGAAUCUAGGAGAGUUGAUUAGCUGCCAAAUUUCAUGCCUGGGUUCGGGGUUUCGAUUCUACGACAGAAAGGAGGGGAGAGAAUGUCGGUUGUUGCGUCAUUUGUGUCAAGUGUCUUUGGAGUUGUAGGGCCGAUGGCGUUGGUGGUUGAGGAAGGGAAGGGAUGGAAGAGGGAACUUGGAAGGGAGGAAGGGUUUCAGUAUGGCGGUGGUGGUUUGUGCCUUCAUGCCGCAAAGCCCUACCUACAUACAUCCAUCCAUCCUGCACAGUGCCUGCAGAACAUACAACUUCUCUACGCCCUACACACAAGGCGAAUUUUAGAUUCCGUGGUAUCCAGGGGAAAAGCAGGAGACCAUACACAAACCAGUCAGGCUUGAGACGUAGGAAAUAUGCU